GGAAACUGAAAGUAAAAAGCAAUUAUAAUACAGGACAUGAGGUGUGUGAUGUACACAUUGCUAGAGACUAAGCAGCUGAGCAGAACACAGACUGAGUUCUGAGUUAGUAAAAAGCUAACAGAAGAAACAAGACAUGCCUUUGAAAGUACCGCAUUCCACCUUUACAAAUGGAGAUAAUAUUGAAACGUUGCAACCUCGAAAUCGCCACUGGUCUCUGUUUGUAGACAGGAUUAUUGGUAGUGAUGUUGUACACGGAGAUUCCACGGAAGUGAGCAACAUUUAUCAAGACCUGAAGCCUGUGCCCAAUGAUGAAGUGGUAAAAGCAGCUCUGAAGAGUAAAGGUUUUGCUUUUGAAAUGAAAUAUGAAGGUGGAAAUCUGGAUAUUAAAAUGAAAGACAUGGCAUCCAUUCCUGGAGAACUGACAUCAGCUGCAGCAAAAGGAGUCCAAAUUGCGGACUCGGCUGCGAACUUAAAUUCUGAAAUUGUGGGUUCAGUCGCAGCUAAAGGAGUCGAUUUAGCAGGUCAAGGACUGAUGGCGAUGUCUGGAGCGCUGGGAGCAGCAACUGGGAAGAGUCUAGCUGGUGUUGGAUACAUGCUGUCUGCAGGAACACAAACAUUGGCUCCAAUAGUAGCUGCUAAAGUAGAUGCUACUGGUUAUGGUACCAAGUUGUUGACCGCAGCCGAGAGUAUAUCACCAUUGGCAGAGUCCUUAGUUGCUCGAUCUACAGAGGCAGAGGAAGCCACAGCUAAUAGUGUUAAACAGCUGGGAUCUUAUAUCUCUUCCAAUUCAUCGGCGGCAGGGUCGGCUGUAGCCACAGGCUAUUCUUGGUGGUAUGGUUCAGGUUUUACUGCAGGAGCAUCCAGUCUUGUCAGGUAUCUUACAUCAGGAACAGAGCAAGCCAGUGCUAAGAAACCGAUAACUACUGAGAAGGCUGGCAUACAGAAAUAAAUGCAUCUUUUACAUAUCUAAGAAUGUAUUUUACCAUAUUGUCUGUGCUUUUAUUACCAAUAAUUAUCAUAUGGAUCUAUGUAUUCAAUAAACAUUUAUGCAACCUAGA